CGCAAAACAAGACAGAGCAGCAUCAGUAUCCACAGUGGAGCAAACAAUCCCAGAAUCAAAAUCCUUCGGUUUAUAUAUCCACCGCAAAAACAGAGAAAGGAGGAAGAGAGCGCACAAAAUGGGUUGCCAUGUAAAUUUGGUACCCCAUUCCAUGGCCACAGUCUCAGCUCGCCCCAAGGCUCCUCCUCCUCUAACUCCUCCUCCCGCCGCGUGUUCCAUUUCAAACCCACUCACCUCCUCCAAUUCCCAAUCCUCUUUCGUUUCCACAUUCUCUCCCUCUCGCCACCAAACCCUAACUCCUCUUCGUUCCCGCAGAGCCAUGAGCAACACGGGGGUGCGGUGUGGUUAUAAGACUGAGCCGCUCAGGAUUAUGAUCUCCGGGGCGCCGGCUUCGGGUAAAGGAACGCAAUGCGAGCUCAUUACAAAGAAAUAUGAUUUGGUACAUGUUGCUGCUGGUGACUUACUUAGAGCUGAAAUUGCAUCUGGGAGUGAAAAUGGGAAGCGUGCAAGGGCGUACAUGGACAAAGGACAAUUGGUGCCAGAUGAAAUAGUUGUCAUGAUGGUGAAAGACCGCCUAUCACAGCCAGAUUCUCGAGAAAAAGGCUGGCUUUUGGAUGGAUACCCUAGGAGCUCAUCGCAAGCAAUUGCUCUUAAGGAAUUCGACUUCGAGCCGGAUCUUUUCAUUCUUCUUGACGUUCCUGAAGAUAUUCUUGUUGACAGAGUUGUUGGAAGAAGGUUGGACCCUGUUACUGGAAAGAUUUACCAUCUGAAGUAUUCUCCUCCAGAGACCCCAGAGAUUGCUGCAAGGCUCACCCAACGUUUUGAUGAUACAGAAGAAAAGGUGAAACUUCGAUUGCACACUCAUCAUCAGAAUGUGGAGGCAGUACUUUCAUUAUACAAAGACAUAACUCUUAAGGUGAACGGGAGUCUUACGAAGGAUGAUGUGUAUGCCCAAAUCGAUGGUGUGCUGGUGAAGCUUCUUGAGAAAAAGCGGGCUACCUCUGAAUCUUUGGCAGCUUAGAAGAUGUAAAUAUUGAUUUUGGCUCCCAUUUUGACAAGUUAGAAAAAGAUCAAGUCAAUAAUUAAACGAUUUGGCUGUUUCGACGUGCUAGGAAACUACAUCAUUGAAGGUGGUCAUUGCAGCCACCAGCCAAAGGAACUGAAAGAAAUGGAUGUGAUUCCUAUCAUGUUGGGUAGGUUAGUGAUUUAUUUGCAGCUAAAUAAGCUGAAGGUUUCGAUUUAGAUUUACAUAUAUAUAGGUUGAUGUGAUUUGUUAUUAUAUUCUUCAUGGAUUUGGUGCUCAAUUGAAUCCUUAUUCAGAAUUUUCCUCCGGUUUGACUUUUGCUCUCUAAAGAAAAUAAUAAUUUAGGCAAAAGAUUUCAAAGAAAAAAGACAAGACCGAGUUGAA